ACACUACAAAUCUAUUACAUUUAUUGAGGAAAUGUCACUUCUUGUACGCAAUUUGGGAAGGAUUGUUUCUCGAUCAAAUCGUAUUCUUAGUCAGAAACGAUGCAUCCAAACAUCAACAGCAGCAUCAGGGGGAGGCGGGGAAUACAGCGAGCUUAGUGACUACAAUCUCUACCUCUGGGAUAGGCCCUCUGGAUUUGAGGACGGCCCUCGUCCCCACAAGGAGUAUGCGUGGGAGAGAAUGGCAAAUGCCACCGAUAUUGAAGACUACUACAUCGCAAUGAGUAUUGGAAUUCUCCUGGCCUUGUGCUAUGGACUCUUUAAAUCUCAACGAAAAUUAGUGGGCGGAGACGAGGUUGUGAAACUAGCAGAGGAGCGGAUAGCUAGUGGAAUUCUCGUAGAUUUGUUCCCCGAUCAGAAGGAACAUAAAAUAUACGUCAACAACCGAGAAAUGUUCCCUGAUCACGACCCCCAUACCUACGAUCCUACUGCAGACAGGGACUAUUUCUGGAUCCAAUAAGAAUAUAUUAUUUAUUUUUCAAUAAUAUAUUGAAAAUGAACAUUGAUGAUAUAUAUGUUGAUUUAGCUAAAGUUUUCCGAUAAGUUGUUGGCUGAUUUGAAGCUCAAUUAAUGUGAUAUUUUGAACCGGGCUGAUUCACUGAAGGAGUUGGGCUCUAUUUAUUAUUAAACACUACUUUAGAUUAGUGCCUGAAGAGUGAUCUUCUAUUCGGUAGUUAAAAGCUUAAAUUAUUGGUGAGAAGUGUUAGUGGUUGAAUGAGAGUUGCGAUAGUAUCUGUAAAUAUUUUCCUUCGUAACUAAUCUUUGAGGGAAAAUUAAAGGAUUUAUAUAUGUCUCCCAAUUAAAACUAGAGUAUAACACAUCAAAAGUUCCUUUCCUAUUAUGAUUUUUACGAUUUUUGAAAACUUGUUCAAAUGAUGCAGUUUUGCAUCCGACGUUAACUGUUAGGGUUUCAUCACCAAUUCGCCAUUUCCAUCCUUUUCUCGAAUUAGUGUGGAA